CGGAGGAGGAUCUUAACCGCCCAGAACGGAAGUUCCUGAGCCUUCAAACCCGCGGGGAAGCAACUCGGCAACGGACCAACAUGGCGGCGUCCAGUGAGGGACCUGCGUUUGCCGCGGGGGUUGAAAAGAAUUGGGGUGCCGUUUCUCGCUCCCCAGAAGCGACUCCACAGAAAAUCCGUCAGCUUAUAGAUGAGGGGAUUGCUCCGGAAGAGGGAGGCGCUGAAGCGAAGGACACAUCUUCCACAUUCCAGUCAGUUAAUGGAUCACCCCAAGCAGAACAACUUCCAUUGGAAUCUACAAGCAAAGAAGCCUUCUUCAGUAGAGUGGAAACAUUUUCUUCUUUGAAAUGGGCAGGUAAGCCGCCCGAGCUGUCUCCACUUGUCUGUGCAAAAUAUGGCUGGGUCACAGUUGAGUGUGAUAUGCUCAAGUGCUCCAGCUGUCAAGCUUUUCUCUGUGCCAGUUUACAUUCAGCUUUUGAUUUUGACAGGUAUAAGGAACGAUGUGCCGAGCUGAAGAAAGCCUUGUGUACUGCCCACGAGAAGUUCUGUUUCUGGCCAGACAGCCCCUCUCCAGAUCGAUUUGGGAUGUUACCCUUGGAUGAGCCUGCUGUUCUCAUUAGCGAAUUCCUAGAUCGUUUUCAAAGCCUUUGUCACUUGGACCUCCAGCUUCCUUCCCUGAAGCCAGAGGACUUGAAAAUUAUGAGCUUGACAGAAGACAAGAUCAGUCUUCUCCUGCACCUGCUUGAAGAUGAACUUGAUCACCAAACUGAUGAAAGAAAAACUGCCACCAAAUUAGGCGCAGAUAUUCAAGUCCACGUCACUGCCUGUAUUCUCUCUGUUUGUGGCUGGGCGUGUAGUUCUUCCUUGGAGCCCAUGCAGCUCUCCCUGAUAACAUGUUCACAGUGCAUGAGGAAGGUUGGGCUCUGGGGCUUCCAGCAGCUUGAGUCAUCCAUGGCCGACCUGGAUUCGUCCUUUGGCCUGACCAGCUCCCCCAUCCUAGGCCCUGACGGGCGGCCAGAGCGCUUCCUUUUGGUGCCCGAGUCUCCUCGGAGGAUGAUGACUCGGAGCCAGGAUGCCACGUUUUCCCCAGGCUCGGAGCAGGCUGAGAGGAGCCCAGCUCCCAUCUUCUCCCGAACCCGGAGCGGGGACUCUUCCAGUCCUGUUGACCGUCCUGAGCCAGAGGCUGCUAGUCCCACCACCAGAACCCGCCCGGUGACCCGAAGCAUGGGAACAGGAGACACGGCCGGCCUGGAGGUGCCAUCUAGUCCUCUCCGGAGAGCCAAACGAGCUCGCCUCUGCUCUUCCAGCAGCUCGGACACAUCCUCCCGAAGCUUCUUCGAUCCCACCUCUCAGCACAGAGACUGGUGCCCCUGGGUGAAUAUCACACUUGGCAAGGAAAUCAGGGAGAAUGGUGAAACUGAGGUAGCUGCCAGCGCGCCUGCAGAAGCGGGCUGGAAGUCAGUGCUGAGCAUCCUCUUGGCCCACAAACAGUCUAACCAGCCAGCGGAAACAGACUCCAUGAGCCUGUCUGAGAAAUCAAGGAAGGUAUUCCGAAUAUUCCGGCAGUGGGAAUCUUUAUGCUCAUCCUGAAGAUACUUCAGCCUUUUCUGGAGAGAAGUAAAAUGAGUGACUUUGAAAAAUAAAGUCCGAAUUCCCUUUUGAUCAGCUUAUCUCCGUUCUGGCUUAAUCAUAAGGAGCCCCUGCGCUUUCAAAGGCAGUGAUUGUCACCGUCUGCAUCUGACAGAGGAGAAACCUGUUUCCACACAGGAAUGGACAGGGUGAGACACAGCAAGCCUGGUUCUGUUAAAGGAGUGUGCGGUUAUGAGACUAGACGGAGGACCAAGGACUUGAGCGCUUUUAGUGUCUUUAAUGUGGAGAAGUGUUUUAAGGACUCAUAUCCCAGGAAUAUGACAUGUGUUAAUAAAAUUUUUGUUAAAAUUCUU